UCUUAUCUCUUAACAGUUGCUUGAAAGCCACACCAAAACAGAGAGAAGCAUCUAUCUCUUGCUUUUUGCUUUUGCUUUUGCUUUUGCUUUUGCUUCAAUGCAACAAACAACUAUCUAUAUAUAGUGCAAGAAUUCUUUUUCUCCAAUGUCCUCCACUUUCCUCUAUUGAUACUUCUCCAUAUAUAUCCAAUGUCCUCCUCUUCGUCAGAUGAUGAGAUGACGGCGCUGCAAAAACACGUGGCGUUCUUUGACCGGAACAAAGAUGGGAUCAUCUACCCAUCUGAAACGUAUCAAGGCUUUCGUGCUAUUGGUUGUGGUGUUGCCUUAUCCACCGCUAGCGCUUUGCUUAUCAAUGGAUUUCUUGCUCCAAAGACAAAGCCUCCUGGAAAAUUACUAUCUCCAAGGUUUCCCAUUUAUGUAAAAAACAUCCACAAGGGAAAACAUGGAAGUGACUCUGGUGUCUAUGAUGCCGAGGGAAGGUUUGUUUCUUCAAAAUUUGAAGAGAUAUUUCAGAAACAUGCACAUACCAAUCCUAAUGCAUUAACAGCGAACGAGCUGAUGGAAAUGCUGAAAGCAAAUCGAGCUCCCAAAGAUCGUAAUGGAGCUUUUGCAAGCUGGACAGAGUGGAAGAUCUUGUACAGCCUCUGCAAAGACAAAGAUGGACUGCUUCACAAGGGUACUGUAAGAGCAGUUUAUGAUGGAAGCCUGUUCUUGCAAAUGGAGAAGGAAAGGGCAUCAUCAUCAUCAUCAUCAUCAUCAUCAUCAUCUGGGAAAAAGGCCUGAUGACAAAACAAUUGACAAAAUGAAUUUCAUGAGCAGGAAUAUGUGUGUUGUUUUAAUUGUGCAUAAAAUAAACCAAAGAUACAUUUUCAUGUUUGUGAUGAAAGCUGGCUUUCAACUGCAGAUGUCUUUUGUAGUUCGGAUUUAUUGUGUGGGUGAACAAGUAUAGGAAAAAUAAUUAUCUGACAUAGUGUUUUGUACAAUCGGUAUUUGUUCAAUUUUUUUAUUUUUGUUUUUUAUUUA